AUGGAAUUACUGGAGAUUCAAGCUAAUACUUUGGAAAAGCCAGAUGAACAGAUGGUGGAGGAAACUGAUGUCUGCCAUGAAAACAUCGAUGAGAUACAGGAAGGUAAUCUGGGAUCCCAGAGAUCCUUUAAGCAAGCCCUAUUACGAUCUCGAUUCAAUGAGACUGAGAGAGAAUGCAACUUUGACUGUGAGGCAGCUUAUUUCUCCUCCGAUGAGGAGAUAGACAACGAAGACGAAACAGAGGAUGCUUCGAAGAAUCAAGGAAACGCUUCGAUUUCGAUCAUUAAGCUACCUGCUGGUCUCCUAAAAAAGGUCAGAGAACCAUGGAAGAAUUGCGUCAUUGUAAGACUCUUGGGGAAGAAUAUUGGAUAUAACUUGUUUGUAAAUAGGAUGCACAAGUUGUGGAAUCUUCAAACAGGUUUUGAAACUCUAGAUAUUGGAAAUGGUUUCUUCAUUGUGAAAUUUGAAGUGAUGGAAGAUUACUCUAAGGUUUUCACUGGGGGCCCAUGGGUAGUGACGGAUCGGUAUGUGACAGUUCAAAAAUGGCAACCUGAUUUUAAAUCAGAUGAGGCGGAAGAGGAUACAAUUGCCAUUUGGGUGAGGUUCCCUAAUCUGCCUAUUGAAUAUUAUGAUGAAAAGGUCCUCUAUCACAUUCCAAAGGUACUUGGAAAGCCCUUAAAGGUAGAUAUUAAUACUGCCAUGGUAGCACAAGGAAGUAUGCAAGGGUAUGUGUUGAGAUGGACCUACGUAAACUGCUCAUAUCCCAUAUUACCAUUGGACGUUACCAUUACGUUCCACCUUCUGUGUUUUUCUUGCGGCCGUGUUGGUUAUCGGAAGGAGAAGUGCACUGAAUUUCCGGUGAUACAGCCGGAGAAAACGAUACAAAAUAUGACCGUUAAUCAAAAGGACACAGCAACUGGGCCGAGGGAAGUACAGCCCAAUGGGCAAACAAAUAAAGAGUUAUCUAAUGAAAAAGAUACCCAUGGUUAUGGGCCAUGGACCAUAACAACCACUAGAAGAAAAUACCAUAAGGGAAAGCAAAAGCAGAAGAUCCAUGUCCAUAAGAGCAAUCGAUUUGAAAGUUUACAGGUGGACCAAGAUCAGGGAGAAACUAGUGCAGUGUAG